GCCAACUUUGCAGGAUGCCUGGCAAUCCGUGGAGGGGUUGGUGAAGCGCCGUGUUCUGCUUGUACAUUUCCAGCAACACGCUUACACAGUACUUUGGUGCAUCGGCGCAGUGUUUCACAUGGCUUUGCGGCAGAAAUGCACCGGACACAAUCUGCGCAACACCGUGGCUGGUGUGACUGCGGAUGCAGCGAUUCGGCGAUUGCAAGAAGCUUUCGAAGUGUUUCAGAGGACGCCACAGGGUCAAGGUCAGCAGCUCGAAGACCAAGCGCGAGUUGUUGUAAAACCUGACAUAAUGGAACAUCCAUCUGGCGAUGUGCGGCUGUGGGCGGCGAAAUGUUUGGCUGAAGUGCUGAUGAUCUUCGUGCCGAAGCCACCUAUCGAGCGAGACAGGAUCUCGAGCGUGCUCCAGUCGUUCACCGAUCAGAUGGUAUGGUUGUCAGACCCAGCUGCAACAAAUUACAAGCAUGCUUUCGAUUUGUUUCGCAGGCUCGUCGACAUACGUGGUUUCAUGCUCGUGUUCGAGACUGCAGCUCCGGAGGUCUUGCUGGCUGACCUCGUCAAGUCCAGCAUCGUCACGGUUCGCAAAGCCGUGGUUGCCCUCGAGGAGGAGGAGUUUGAUAAGCUGGAGAACUUGCUCGCUCAGUUGCUGAGCAGUGUGCUAGCGGAGGCAGACGAGCUGUCCGACUCGGUUCUCAACGUGCUUGUGGAUGAAGUGAAACAGAAGACCAAAUCACUGGGACUUGUUCAACGCGUGCUGGCGACUUUGGCCCGGCACAGUGCUGUGGUUCCUGUCAAUGACUUCUUGAACCGGGUGUUGGCGGAGGCCUUCAGCUUACCUCCCCAGGGCCGAGAAGAGCUGCUACUUCUGCCCAGCACGACGGAACGAGUAGAAGCCAUACUUCUCGUUGUGCACGAGCUCUACAUGAUUGAUCCCGCAUUGGUGGCACGUGUGCUUCCCAAUUUGCAGGCCGAACUGGUGAGUUCGGAUGCGGGUCGCCGGAGAGCAGUCACUGCUCUUGUUGGGCACAUGCUGGCACAUCGUUCUUCCAGGGAGACGAAAACUGGGCUUGCCGGCGUACGACCUCUUCUGGCAGCUUCCCAUCCCCUCAUUGUGGAUCGACAUAGAGAGAGACUGGAAGAUGCGGAUGAUGGUGUUCGGUCCGCUGCUUUGGAUGGUGCCGGUGCUGUCCUGCGAUCAGCUGCAUCCGUCGCUUCAACGCAGCCUGUCCCCCCCGAUUGCCAGGAACUGCUUUCGGUAGCUUCUGCACUGGUGACGAAAUUGAAGGCAAGAAGCUUGGAUCCAAAUGACUCAAUUCGCAUGGGCACGAUCAACGUGGUUCUGGAUGUCGCGGCAGAGUCCACUGCGGGGUUCACUCUCUUGGAGCCCAUUCUUCAAGAUGUUUGCCAUCGCAUCUUGGACAAGAAAGCCAAAGUCCGUGAGGCUUGUGCCGAACUGAUGGCGCGGCUCUAUGCCAAGCACGCUCUACCGAAAUGGAUCAUUGGCCAGGCUGCAGAACGAUUGAAUUGGAUACCGCAGCAGCUGUGUGAAGCAUAUUUGGUUCUCAACAACACUGGGAUGGGCCAAGUCUCGCAGUUGGAGGAGCACAUCGAGCAGCACAUCCUUGGUUGUGGUGCAGGCAUGGGUGCAGCCCAGCGUAGUUUGGCACUUCUUGGUUUCUACUCCUCUGCGGCCGCUGGAGCGCCUAGCUCUUCGCAAGGCUUAGCCCUGCUGCUUUCCAAGAAACGGGAUGCCAAUGAGGCCUUCCAAAGGUUUCUGAAGAAGAGGAUUGCGAAAGGAGGGCCUUUAAUGCCACUGCCAAGUGAUGGGAUUCUUGUCCCAGUCUCAGUGGGCGAAGCCCCGCGGGAGGAGGUCGUAGAGGGCCUAGCAAAGCACAGCCCGACUUUCGAAGGCAGCACCAAGAUUGAGACUAUCAUCGCCCAGCUUUCUGUUUUGGAUGGGGUUCGUGACAAGGCUCUUUGGUCCUUGCUGCAGUUGCUCAUCAGCAUACCGAGCAAAGACCAUCCUGAUAUCUCAAAGCUCUUGGACGCACUAAAGGACUUGGACAGACUUCUGCGGGUGCACAAUCUCGUGAGCUUGACACCAUUGAUUCGCCGUGCCCUUCUUUGCACUUGGGUGUCACCGGAUCAAGUGUCUGUGAUGUUGGACCUUUGGACUGGCAGAUGGCCAGAAGCUUUCCAGCGAGAUGAGGAGCCAGUGCCGCGACACAUAUCUUCCGCAGCGAGAGCUUGCGCUGCUCAUCUUCCCAAGUUUUUUCCUGAUGCUUUCUUCCAGCAUACCAACUGCCUGCUGAAGAUCGCUACAACCUCGGCAGAAGAUGCACACGCAGGUUUGAAGGCUCUAGCAGCAGUUGCAAAGCGGACGGAAUCGGUGGGUGAUGCGGCUAGGUCUGCAAAGACACUGGAACUGGGCGAUGUGCUCCUCCAAGUCUGUGAGGUUGCUUGCGGCGAGACUCUUCCAUGCGGGAUGCCUUUCCGCAAGGCCGUGAAAGCUUUGAUGCUCUCGCCGGAUCCAGAAGGGAGGGCGCUCGCUGCGGACAAAUGGCUGAUGUGGGCACGAGACAAGCUGGAAAGCGGCGAGGACAAGGUCGCGGCCUUGAGUCUUGCAUCGGCCGUGUUUGAGCAAGACUUCCCCGGUGGGCUGUUCCACGGCUUGCAAAACCGCGAUGGCUUCUUGACGGUGGCCCAGGGCAUUCUCGCAAGCAAAGGAAAAGUUGCAACGGAUCUCCGUUUUGCUUCUGCGGAGUGUGUAGUAGCUGCCGGUUCCGAGGAGGACGUUCUUGGCAUUCUUUCGCUCCUGAAAACUAAAGGGAAGGCGGAGGAGGAAACUACCCCUUGGUAUGAUCCACAGCCAGCGCAGAUAGUUUGUUGCUUGUUACGCGUUCUUCGAUCUGGUCGCUUGCAAAUCUCAACAAAGCUUCUCUUGGAGCUGGCAUCGCGAAUGUGUGUCUGCUUAGAAUCCGACAGACCCACCUGCGAAAGCGAGAAGCUUCUUGACUCGCUUCAACGACUGCAGCAUCCGUCAAGCACCAAAGUUCGCCUUGCUGAUCGGCUUCGACUUUGUCUUACCAUACCCUUGGUCUUUGCUUUCUCACCGGUGAAGAAACACAGAGAGGUUGUGAACCGGAUGCUGCAAGCUUCAUUCAUGAAGGCCUCGCGGCGGGCGGAGGAACAUCUUCUUGAGUUUGCCAUUGCUUGCUUCAUUCACUUUCUAUCAACGGUGGAGAUUUUUCGGAAGGAAAUGUCCGCGCCAGCAUCAUCUUUUCCAAAUAGCAGCAAGAUGUGCAGCUUCUUGUGCGAAGCUCUGCUGCGAAGCGAUUCGCAGCAUUGCAUGGAGUUGGCAUGGACCGUCAUUCAGGUUUGUGACAGAACCUUGGAUUUCGUGGAUCGGGAGGAGCCGGCAUCAGAUGCCGUGCAUAAGGCAGCAAGUGUACUUCGCUACGUGAUUGAGAAGCGCUGUCCAAGCUUAGCGGGACAGGUCGCAGAGACACAGGUAACAAAGGGUGGAAUGCCCUCCGAACUCUUCGCCGCCAGACAACUCACAGCUCAGAGGGCUUUGCCAGGCACCGGUGAACAGCCUGGUGUCAAGACUGGCGAGGAUGCAGGAGACGGAUCUCUGCCCGAUGCUAUGGCGAAAGAGCCGCCAAAGGACCCGUCUAGCCCUGGCACCAUGCAGACUCCGCGGAAACGCCCAAGUUUGUUACAAGCACGGCGACGUGCUUCGCCUGAGGCUUCAGAUUCUGGUCGCUCCUCAGUGGUGGCCGUAGCUCGUCCCAUGGCUGGAAAGGCCCUCGCCGUGCCCUCUGCCUGGAGCACUGCUUCCAAGAAGAGGCGCCAAAGCUAG